AGGGAUCUCAGAAGCUGGAAGAAUAAAGAGUUUGUACAACUCAGUUGUGGUUGAAUCUACUAGCGGAUCUGGGGUUCCUGUUGAUGAAGGUAAAGGGAAUAUGCUUGAAAUAUCUUUGGUGCCAGAAGAGAGUAAACAAAACUAUCCUGAGAAAAUGUCUCAGCAACAUCAACUUUCAAAGAUCAAGUCAUCAAACCACAGUGCACAUUCUUCUCCUCGAUCUGUGGCAACGCUACCUGCACCAAGCAAAGUUGUAAAUCAAGAGUCGAAAAUGGAGGCGGAGGUCCUACCGAAAGACUUAGCACCUAAAUCUUCUGUAUCUCAUUCUAAUACUGAUGGCAAAGUGCUAGAGUUGGGCAAAAAUGUUUCUUCAUCCACUAAAUUAGCAAAUAAAGCAGUGUCACCAAAGUGUGGCCGCAAAGGCAAGUUGCAUGCUGUACCUUCUUCUGGCUCAAUCAACAGCAACAGAGUAGGCAAAUUAACAAGAAAUGGCUCACGGAUAGUCAAGCCGGUGCUCAGGAGUAAGGGCUGUGUUAAAAAGAAAAUAAGGCAUGGCUCAGGUGCUGCUACAUACCCAGCGAAGACAUAUAAAGAAGUUGGGAGUGCCUUGGAUAGUAGUGAAGGGCAACUGGUUUGCCAGAGGUGUCAAUGUGCUUUGAACAAUGCUUGUAAAGAAAUCAAUCAAGAGUCUGUUGCAUCUCACCCAAUCAGUUAUAAUGCUGAAGCAGGCAAUCAGAAUUUGAAAUCUGGUGUAGGGAAACCAGGCCUCUCUCCAGAUGACUGCAAUAGAAACAGAGCAGUAGCGCAGAAGGUAACAAAGAAACCAAAAUCAAAAGAAAAGGGUGAAUUUUCCCAAAGCUCUAAAAGUAGCCUUGGGGAGCAUAGCAGUAGUACUAGCAUAAGCGAUGAAAGCAAUAUGAGUGGGUCGAGUUGUGGCAACAGACCCCAUAUGUCAAAGGAUGUUAGGUGGGAAGCAAUUCGCCAUGCUAGGAUGCAGCAUGGAGUCUUAGGUUUGAGACAUUUCAAUCUUCUGAAGAAGCUCGGGAUGGGAGAUAUAGGGACUGUCUAUCUCGCUGAGCUGAUUGGUACAAACUGCCUCUUUGCUAUAAAGGUCAUGGAUAAUGAAUUCUUGGCUAGGAGGAAGAAGACACCGAGGGCCCAAACAGAAAGAGAAAUACUUAGAAUGCUAGAUCAUCCUUUUCUCCCUACACUAUAUGCUCAAUUUACAUCAGAUAAUUUAUCAUGUUUAGUUAUGGAGUAUUGUCCUGGUGGAGAUUUGCAUGUCCUUCGGCAGAAGCAACUUGGUAGGAGUUUCUCUGAACCGGCAGCAAGAUUUUAUGUUGCGGAAGUCCUCCUUGCUUUGGAAUACUUGCAUAUGCUUGGAGUCAUCUACCGGGAUUUGAAGCCAGAAAACAUUUUGGUCCGAGAAGAUGGUCACAUUAUGCUUACAGAUUUUGACCUGUCUCUCAGAUGCACUGUCAGUCCAACUCUCCUGAAAUCAUCUCCAUCUAGGGGGGAUCCUGCAAGAAUUUCUGGUCCCUGCACUGAGUCCAACUGCAUAGAGCCUUUUUGUAUUGAACCAUCCUGUCAAGUCCCAUGCUUCAGCCCCAGGUUUUUACCUGCUGCUGCAAAAAACAGGAAGUUAAAAAAUGACCUUGCAGCUCAAGUCAGAUCAUUGCCACAGCUUGUGGCUGAGCCGACUGAUGCACGUUCCAAUUCCUUUGUUGGAACUCAUGAGUACUUAGCUCCUGAGAUCAUCAAAGGAGAGGGUCAUGGAGCAGCAGUUGAUUGGUGGACAUUUGGCAUCUUCCUUUAUGAGCUUUUAUAUGGUAGAACACCAUUUAAAGGUGCUGGGAACGAAGAAACACUGGCCAAUGUGGUUUUGCAGAGCCUCAAGUUUCCAGAUAGUCCUCUUGUUAGUUUUCAGGCAAGGGAUCUUAUUAGAGGAUUGUUGGUUAAGGAACCAGAGAAUCGGCUGGGAACUGAGAAAGGGGCUGCUGAGAUAAAGCAGCAUCCGUUCUUCGAAGGCUUGAAUUGGGCACUAAUUCGUUGUGCCAUUCCACCCGAACUACCAGAUUUUUAUGAAUUUGGAAUUUCAUCUCAGGAAAGCCAGAGCAAGUACUUGGAAUAUAAUGCGAUGGGAGAGCAUCUUGAGUUUGAGUUGUUCUAGUGAGAAAAUACUGUACCAUUAGGGGGAAGAGCCUCAAGCGAAGAAGCACCCUUCAAACUUAGGCUAUCAUCUUCUGUUGUAACUAAAUGUUUAGCUUAUAAUGUAAAUUAAUUGGAAAAUUUGUGCCAGGGCUGUCAGUCAGAUUUUAGCAUUUUGCACCUUGUGAUGCUCUUUUGAGCACAAUGUGCCACGCCACAUCAAUAUUAGCUCCUUGGUAAA